AUGUCGCCGCUCGUUCUGCUGCUGAUCAGCGGGGCCCUUGCGGCAUCCGUUGUCGUCAGCAGCCCUGUAAUAACCAAGGCGCCUCAACCGCGACUUUCAUUCGGGCCACCCAAGUCACCUGCACCUGGGCCUCCUUCUCCCAAGCCACCUUCUCCCAAGCCACCUUCUCCCAAGCCACCUUCUCCCAAGCCACCUUCUCCCAAGCCACCUUCUCCCAAGCCGCCAUCACCUAGGCCAUUUCCAAGCCCAGUACAAGCAACUCCCCCGCCCAUGCCACGGCCACCUCCACCGUCACCACGACCAUCACCACCACCACCACGACGGCCACCACCGCAGCCAUCACCACGACCGCCUCCGCGACCCUUGGUGUCUCCAUCACCCCCCUCAAUCUGUGCUGAUCAGGAGCCACUGGCGAGCUCCUGCCCCAUCUGGAAAUCCAGCGGCUUCUGUACCCCCAUGCACUUCGCUAUCGACCAGUCGGUAGUUGACUACUGCUGCGCUGAUCGGGAGCCACUGGCGAGCUCCUGCCCCAUCUGGAAAUCCAGCGGCUACUGUGCCCCCGGGCACUUUGUCAACAACCAGUCCGUAGCUGACUACUGGUGCCGCAAGACGUGUGGAACCUGCGUCUGGCCUCCUAAUGCACCAUCUCCACCGCCCCUUCCCGGAGAUGCCAUAAUCGGCGGCUGUGCCGACCCUGCCGCCGCCCUGCUGCUGCACAACCAGUACCGUGCACGGCACGGGUCGCCGGCACUUGGCUGGAACAACACCCUCGCACAGCAAGCAAAGGUUGAACGUAUUCGUUGGGUUCAGCAGCUCACCACCAGCAUCCAACCAAAUCUAGCGGAUCAACGGCGCCUCAACUUAGUUCCUGGUCAGCUCAACUGGGCCGCCAACCUGGCGCUAAACAACAGCUGCAGUUCGUACUAUGAAGGAAUUGGUAACGAGAAUUUGUACACGAUGUCGACCUCAAGCCAGACAUCUCCCCUCAAUUGCAGUAGGGCAGUGGAAGCAUGGUACGACGAAAUUUCGCUGUACAAGUUCACGAGCACACCGUACACUGACAAUACAUUCUCGAGUAUUGCGUGCUUCUCUCAACUCGUGUGGGCUUCGACAGUGCAAGUUGGCUGUGCUGCAGCGCGGGGCAUGAACUGUUAUGUGGUUAGUUGCCGGUAUGCACCUCUGGGAAAUUAUGAUACAGAUAGCGACUUCCUGGCGAACGUCCUUCCCCCCGUCACCACCCGCCGAUCACUUGAAGAGUAUGUGGCCGCUGUUGACCACGUGCUGCCAACCAGCGGUGACAGGGAUGGACGGGUGGUCAUUACGUCCGGCGCUUAAUAACAAACACGGAACGCAAACCCACGGUAAUACAUGCACAUGCCUCACUACUUCAUCCACCUAAAUACACGCCAGCCAGGCAUUCUGUUCCAUCUCCACUAUGUGCGUGUACUUGCACAUUCCACGCAGAUUGAUAGGUGCCCCGCACCUUCAUGCUUAGAUACACACGUUCCUUGGUGCAGAUCGAGUUUUCGCAUUUCCUGGUUGGAUUGGUUUCUGGACAUGUUUGCAAUGCAGGUGAAUUCCAGUGAAUUAUGUAUUAAGCCAGCCACAUGCACGGUGUGUAGUUCCACAGUUUGCCUUUUGUCUCCGGCAUCAUAUGUAUUGUGCUGUGGAUGCCAUUAAU